AUGCAAGAUUGUUCUGGUUGUGUAUACAAUAAGAUGCACUACACUAGCAAAAUCGACCAAAACAAUACGGACGAAAUAAAAAAUCACUUUCAUUAUAUACAUAGGAAUAAAGGUUAUACCGAAACUGAUCCAACUUCUGAUGAUGAUAAACCCUGGGAGGAUGUGAAUAUGAAUCGAAUUGAAACUUUUACUAUUGUAAAUGAGGCUUACACUUCAACAAAAAAAAGCAGGACUUUUUAUCCGGGGGGUUCAAUCAGGACACAACAAAUACAUGCCAGAGAUUUGAAAAUUGCAGCAGUUGGAUCUUCUAAAAUUACUAGAUUUUUUGAUUCUGUUGAAGAAGCUCUUAGAAACCCUGAUUUAGACAAUGAUACAAAGUUUAGAUUAACAGCAAUUGGGAUGUAUUUUAGAAAUUUAGAUAAUGGUAAAAAAAAGGUUGAAGCAAGCGAGAUAGUGACAGUAUCUCUGGGGUGGACAAAAAAUUAUAAAAGGAAGCACCCCAAGAUGCAAAGCCUAUGGAGUCAUGAAGACAUUGCUGAUCAAGUAGGAAGUUAUGUACGAUCCAACAAAUUUGAUAUAACACCUAAAAAUUUAUGUAAGCAUGUCAAUGAAACAAUAUUGCCAAAUAUAGGAGUGGAUAAUGAAGAUAAAAAAAUAUCCGAAUCAACAGCAAAAAGAUGGCUUAAAAAGUUAGGAUGGGAGUUUGGCACCCAUGAAAAAGGACUUUAUGCUGAUGGUCAUGAGAGGGAUGAUGUUGUAGAAUAUAGAAAAAAAUUUCUAAAAUUUAUAGAAGAGCAAUACGAAGCCAACCAAAGAUGA